CCUUUCUAAGGUAAGAGAUAAGGCCUCUCCAUAAAACUAAUAAUUUAUGAUCUAGAAAUUGGUAUGCAAAAAAAAAAAAAAAAAAGCAGAAUAUAAAUAGAGUGUGUGGUGUGAGAGACAUUCAGACACACUGGUCAGACUGAUAGAAUGGCUCUGGCAGCAAUUAGUCUUCUGUGCUUUGCAGCUUUGCUGCCUUUCCCAGGACUGGGACUGCCUGCAGGAUCAGGCAAGCUGGAACAGGUACCCGUUAGAGUAACUGUCAUUAAUGAAUUAACUAAUGAGCAGAUAUCCUACUCCACAACUGUGCUUGAGGAAGGGCUGAUGUUUGGUGCCUUAAAUCAACUGCAGGACACCAAUGACGGUUUCAAAUUCACAUACACUAUUCAUAAAACCUCUGGCAUAUAUCUGGAGAGUGUGAACGGAUUGGCUGGAUCUGAUAAGGACCAGACACACUGGGAGCUUCUGUCUGAGAGAGCAGGAGUUAUAACCCGACUGGGAGUGGGAAUUGGCUGCUAUCAACCCCAGAGAGAUGACAAUAUGAUCCUGAGGUUCACCACUUGGGCCAAACAAUAGAUUAAAAAAAAAUCCACAUUGUUUCAGUCAUGGGAUCAACACAAAAUUGAACUGAAUUAAUAAACUCAUAAUAUGAAACUGAAAAGCCUCCCUGGUCUUUUAACAACUAUUACUAACUAACUGAAGUUAAACAAAUAGUAUAGAGUUGGUACGGAAAAGAAUGUGU